AUGACCCGCCACCUCGACUCGUUCGUGUGUCCGAUCACGCACGACGUCAUGGUUGACCCGGUCGUGACCGCCGACGGCCACUCGUACGAGCGGUCGGCCAUCGAAGAGUGGAUCCGCUCGAGUCGCGAGACGGCGCCCGGCGGCCAAGUGACGAGCCCCGUGACCAACUUACCGCUGCGCUCGACCCAGCUCAUCCCAAACCUCGCGCUCAAGCGAUCGAUUGGCGAGUACUGCACCAAACACAACGUUCUGCCAGGCUCGCCGGCUGGGUCGCUGCGAUCACCCUUGCGGCUUGCAGUCGUCGUGCCGCCAACGUUGGCGCUCGCGCCCGUCGACUUGCCGCGGAUCGAAGCGCUACCGCAGGUCGGCUACUACGUCUACCGCGCAAGCGUGACGCUGGCCAUCUACUCGCAGCCGUCGUUUGGCCACCGCGUCUCGAGCGCGCAUGGCACCGCCCUCGAGCUACCGGCCGGCGAGCUCUUUGUUGUGACCAAGCGGCUCUACAGCACCAUGUUUGGUAACACGACCGGCUACGUUUUUCUGCAGCUCGGGGCCCACAACGACGUCGAGUUGCGCAACGGCUACGUCGCCGAGCUGGCCGAACAGUCGCCCCACGCGCGCCUCGUUGAACGCGUGCCAGUGACGAACGAGGUUGCCGUGUACAUGGCCGACCAGCCGUCGCCGUUCUAUGCGCGGCCAACAACCCACAGCGACUCGGCGCUUGUGCGCCAAAUGAUGCUUCGGCGUGAUGAGCUCGUCGCGACCGACUUGCGCGUGCAUGAUCCCGUGAGCAACCUGACGUAUUUACGACUCGACAACUCGGUUGGGUGGCUGCCACUGCGCCAUUUGACGCGCUACGAGUGCACAACGCGGCGCUUGAUCUUCCGCGUACCGUCGCCGACGCUCGUGUAUCGCAACAUCCGCACGGUACCCGAGAGCGUUGCGGUUGCGACGCUGCCGGCCGACUACCUCCUCGUGUCGACGCUGCACGUGUACCUCAACGCGUUUGCCUACACGCGGGUCGUGCGGGAUGACGUGACUGGCUGGUGCAAGCUCCGCCUCUCGGACGUGCUGCUCGAGUGCCCGCCACGCCUCGCCGAGAAGCCGCCCGGUCGGUCGAUCCCCGUGGCGCUCCUCCAAGGCGACCAGUACCUCGUCUUGCUCAACGAAAUCCAGGACGACGGCUCGAUCACCCAGACGUUCCACUGCGAACUGCCGUAUGCGAUGCUCAGCGCGUACACGAGCUUUACGCUGGCGCAGCACUGGAUGGGCCGGACGCGGAACUCGAUCCACCCCGACUACCGCGUCGCCUUUGACAUGAUUGCGCUUGUGCCCGAGAUUCUCGAGCGGUCCAGCAGCCUUGUCGCGAUGCAGCGCCUCGACGCGCGCUUGGCAAUGGCGCCGAUUCCGCCUCGCACUUACAGUGCGGUUGUGUCGAGGUUCACUGCGCGCUGCGGCCUCCAACGACACGUCGCUCAGAGUCUAUGCGAUCUCGUGCGGUUCACAGCCCGGUACGGCUGGAGCAAGUACGUGGUCGCUGCACUGCGCGACUUGACCGACCGCAGUGCGUUUGACGAGACGAUCGCCAUCACCAUGCACGAAGUCCACGAAUUUAUGAAAAUGUGCGACGUGGCCAAAAUGGAUGCGUACGCAAAAGUCCUCGAUCUCGUUGCCGCCGAUGACGCCGACGACGUGGCACCCACCGACGCUGUCGUGGCGGCCAUUCGGCGCCUCCGAGCGCCCUUGCUCAAGGCGAUGCGCACCCGGCGGGACCGCGCGUUCGACAAUGUUUUCCUCAAGCCCGCCGACUUUGUGCUUCGAGCCAAUGGCUAUAGUGAGCACCGCCAGCGCGCCGACGACCUCCGCGUCCACGGGUCCAACAUGUACCGCGCGCUCUUGUUGAGUACGCUCGGUAUCAAUGCGUGGGAUACGCCAGAUAUGGACGAGGACUCGCACUUUGCCGUGGACUUCCUUUCCUACCUGUCGCCGUCGGCCUCGCCGCUCGCUACGUGGUGGGAUCCGAAGAUGUCAGCGCGGGCACCAGCAACCACGCGGAUCACGUCGUGGGUCGACUUGGACGCAGCGUUCAUUGUGAAGCGCAAUCGCCCGAAUGGCCAUGUCGCCAAUCACCUCAUUGGACCCAGUAGCUCGCUUGGCGAGCGCCGUCGAGCCGCCGAGUACGUCCGCGCGUACGCUGCAUUUUUCAGCCGGGACGUGCUCGACCAGAUACUCGUCAAUCGGCUUCUAGUCGAUGACAGCGCGCAAUCUACGGAGGACCGGGCCAUCGUGCUGACAGCGCUGCGUCGCCGGGGCGUCGCCACGGACGCGGACGACGCAUGGACCACCCUUUUCUACGACAGCGACUACGCCUUGCGUCGGGACAAGGUCCUCGCAGUAUUCCAGUUUCUCGGCGUCUACAAGUGUCCUCCUGCCAAUGGAUGUGUACCAAUGCCCGGUGUCGCGCUCUCGAGUGCCUACAAACCAUAG